GUGGCAGUACAGCAGGUGUGGACGAGGGAGCUGGAAUGUCAGGAGGCAGUAACGACGCUGCAGUAGGUGCUUUUAAGAGGAUUACUUGAUGUUCCCCUGGUGAAUGAUCAUGUAUCCAAGAUGAUCUGCAGAAGCAUGGUCCUGAAGGGCAAGAGGCUUUCGAAACUAACAGGGCUAAAGUAGUACAACGGGGACCACAACGGUGGUCCAUCUUAUUUAUCAAGGACCGUUGACCUGGUGGCCUUAUUUAUCAAUGACCCUGGACCUGAUGGUGUUGACCACCAGGUCCUCCAGGGUGCUGAGAAGUCCGAGCAGCUCUAAUAUUCGGCUUUCACAGCUCGAAGCGGAAUUGAUGUUCCAAAAGCUUGCGUCGAUUUGGAUUGAAUUUCUUUUGUUCUUCUGUCUGCAGGUUGUGGCCCGGGUCCAAGACUCUAUGUCUGGGGUCGCUGAUUCAGCUACAUUUAAGACCUCACUUAAAAAUCCAUUUUUUCCUCCAUCCAUUUCAAGUACUCGAAAACUGAAAAUAACCGAGAAGUUACUGACUGAAAUAAGGGAGGCAGCUUUGACAGGGCUACUUGAUGUCCUUGUUCAGUGUCUCGCUUAUUAUUAUUUUAUGUAGUCUCACUCGCUUAAUAUUUCAGUUCUUUAUCGAAUAAAUAAAAAUUGGACACGGUCGGAUGUUGAAGCAAAAGAUGGACCACUGGAGAUGAAGUGAGUUCUAAUACAUUCGGCCACGCUUUGCGAAAACUAACGAAUUUGGAUUUUAGUGGUGGUCAAGCAGCGGAAGUGCUACAGUGGAUUUCCGAGAAUUCGCAAGAUAUUGAUCUUGGACUCGAUUUGGCUGCGAUUUCUCAUCACCUCCUGCACGACGAGGAAGGAGGACGGCCAGGAGCAUCUUCAAAGGUUCAACAAACAGGUCGUGGAGCAGACCGAGAUCAGGACGAUGGAGGUACAACAACUUCUAAGAGUCGGAGUCGAAGCAACGAAAUCUGGACUGCUCAAGAAGACACCAACAAGGACUUCUCACUCUUGCAAAAAAGUCUUUUACAGAGAGUUGGGACUGGAGCUCCUAGGGAAAGACCUUCAGCUUCAGCGACGUCUAGAUCUAGAAUGCCACGAGAACAAUUAAGGUUUUUCACCAAAUUAAUUAGAAAUAGAAUUACAUGAUUCCCCAGUACUAAAACUAAACCAUCCUUGGGGGCUCUUUUCCUAGUAGAAAUGACGCUCUGAGGAUGAUGUUCUGAGGAAUUAUGUAAUUCCGUAACCUCUAAAACUACAACAAGGUCGUGGUAGUGCUCGUACUUCUAGAGCACAACAACAAGAAGCUAGACCAUCAAACCUCCAAGGAACAAUAUCAUCUGUAUUCCGAGCACGCGGAGGGACCCGCGGAGAUGAGGACAAUUUCUUGUGGAAUGCCUACUCGGCGUCGUCAGAUGUAGAAGAUCUUUCGUCAGACGAAGUAGAUUCAGAUGCCGCUAAUGUUGACGCGGUCGAAAACGAUGAAAUCGACUUCGACGCGAAGACUGGCAGUAGAAGUAGCGGGAGUUCUUGUAAGAGUAGGGGUAGGGGAGUGACUAUGAAACGAAAAACUGCACUCACACUCAAGAAAUUGGCUAGGAUUUAAGUAGGAAAAUAGCCUCGCUUUUUGAGUGUGAGUGCACUUUUUUCUUUCAUAGUGACGACGUCGCGCUCGCGGAAGACCACGGAAUAUCAAAAGAGUAGUGCCUCUGCUAGUACAACUAGUGACAAGGCCGCUAGUUGUAGUACUAGGUCAACUACAUCUACAUCACGUAGGUCUUCACGCUCUUCUUCCUUGAUGUCCAGAACCGGGAAAUUAUUCAAAGAGUUCUACAGGAUGAUUCACUUGUUGUCUUCGAAGAAGCCAUUACUAUGUGCAAAGGCCAGCGAGACCAUGAUUUCUCGUGUUUCUCAUGCUUAAGGCUUCAAAGAACCCUACCCCACGUGGAUCCUGUUCUUCUGGGGCGAGUAUUUUACCGGGAUCUAUUCACGGGAUGGGUUGAGGGCAGCUCUAACGUGCGCUGCUAGAUUACGUCCUUGACGCGCGAGAGUUCGUCUUAAAACACGAAGAGGAAAUGGCAAAGCAGGAAGGAAUUUAAGAACCCUCAGGAAAACUACAGGAGGAUAGAUUUAGAAAAAUUUAUUUGAUAAGUUUAAUCAUCCUUCUUUUUUCUAUUUAUUUGGUAAGUUACUCCGCUGCUGGGUUUUGGCUUUCAGUCUACUGGCAAAGCUAAUUAAUAUCCCUGUCCUCAAUCGAUCGCAGUCUAGUCCUUCCACCAUCAUAGAUAUUCGGCAAUUUUUCGCUUUCUGUCUAACCAGAGAACCGGGAAAGAAGCGAUUCCUCAGGUCCUCCACCCGCAGCAAAGCUUACCGCGGAAGAUAUAAAUCUUAAGGGUAGUUUAUCACUAUCCCAAGUGAACUAUGCUGAGUGGAGUCCUCCUUGAAUGAUUUAAAGGGGACGAAGAUGAGGCAGAAAGUGGGCACCUCCCCACUCAACCUACCAGGGAUAGUGAAAAACUACCUCUAAAUAUCGGGCGCAGACACAAAGUGUUGCCUUUUUGGUAAGCAUUCCCCAUUUAGCAUUGAUUCGUCGUUCGCAGAGUUAUGAUCCGGUUACAGAUGACGCUUACUUUAAAUUUUUGAAAUCUAGUAGCUAUACCUAAAGGUUCGUUUGCCGAGAGCUGCCAGUAUCAUAGAAAUACUGUCAGGCCACGUCUCUACGGUCAUCAUGAACGAUGGCAACAGGGACAACAGCAUGCAUGCCAGCUCUUCGCCCUCACAAGCCUAAAAAUGCUAGACAUCCGACUGAUACGUUCUAACAUUCCGUUGCCAUGGUUGAAGAUCUUGUCGGAUCUUCCAGUUUCUACGACCUGGCUCGUGAUUUACUGGAGUUAAGAGCACAUCGGACGGGGCUUUUGCCGCUUAGCUUGGAUUUUGACCAAGAAGAUGGGACGAAGGAAGGUGUUAUGACUGAUAGAUAAAAAUAUACUUAUAUCAUGUACUACUUGUAAGUUAUAGAAGAAAGAAGGCGUAGACGCGUUCUCGUUCUAAUAGAGGUUCAGGUUGUUUCAAAUACGUCGUUGUUCCUUCUGUAUUUGAGAUCAUUAGCAUGGGAUGAAUGACCAUGAUGCCUACCUCAACAGCUUCAUGUGCUGAUGAAACUACAAUUGAGUGUAGGAGCUCCUGCGUUUUUUGAAAUUUGCUAACUCAAAUCCAGCAGAGCAACGGCUCGCUGAAGAAACGUGGAACGAUUUUCUCACGGAUAUGGCUGAGGAUGGGGAAAGUCCCUUCGGUCCAGGACCUAAUUGCCUCUUCGAAAGGUGGCCUAACUGAACUGAAGAGGAAAGAUGUCUAGUGAAUACUUGAUAUUCGAUAUUGAUUGUUUUCAGAAGAUGCUUGUACUCAUACUUCUUGGAUGACGAUAAAUCUGGUGAAACCGAUGUAAUUUGCUAGUAAGAACUAGCAAAAAUGAAUAACAUGAAGUUCUGGUUUCUAGCUAGUAUAGGUUUUUGAUAUGAAUACAUGAAGAUGAGGUUAUGACAUCACAUAAAGAGAGACGGAUGAGAAAGAAACUUAAUCGCAAUGAUGCUAAACAAAUGUUGAAACUUGCAAUAAAAUAUCAAUGAAUAUAAUGUCGCCCGUGAUGAGAACUUACGAAAAAACCCUGAUGAGUAGAGUAGAAUGUUUGACUUUGAGAUGGAACCAAACAUAAACGAUGAAGCAAGAAAGCGCAAGUGGUGUCUUCAAGAACUUUUUAAAUCGCAAAACUAAUCUCCUACCUGAAUGUUUUGUUUGAAAAAUCCUAUGGAAGAUACGGAUUCCUAUAUGUUCUUUGAAAAAUCUCAAAGAUAUUUAUUGAUAAUCCUAGUAUACCUAAUAUUCAUGCUUACGCGAGCAAGGGAUUAUGCUAAACAUUGCAACUAAAGGUGCAGCGCUGACGCGGCUAAAAAGAAGUUCAUCUCUAUAAAAAAUACGCAUCGCACAGCACGUAGUUUUCGUUUAUUCUUAAGCCAAGUAGAUCGUGACAACACAUGUUCACUGGUCCAGCGCCGUUGCCUGUUGCCGCACGAAGUUGUGGUGCAC